AUGUCUGGAAAGCUUGACCAGUCUCUCGACGAGAUUCUCUCGACCCAACGUCGCUCUACAGGUGGACCCGGCCGUCGCUCUCAGCGACGAUCCACUGGUGGUCGCCCUGCGGCCGCUGCCCCAGUCGGCGGUGUUCAAAAGACAUCGCGGCCUGCCCGUGGCGCCGUCGCCAACAAGCCCAAUGUCGCCAAGCCCGCGCAAGGCUCUGGUGACAGCAAGGUGAUCGUGAGCAACCUGCCCAAGGAUGUCAACGAGCAACAGAUCAAGGACUUUGUUCGACAUGUCAUUUCUCGCCUGCUCUCCUUCCCAACCGGCGUCGUAGCGAGAUCAAUCCAUUGUGGCCAUUGCCACUUCCCAAACGGAAUCUGUCAAAGACGCCGCAAAGACUCCUUCCUCCAUGUCUGCGAUCCUGAGAAAUGGCGCAGAGCUCAUCAGAAGUUGAGCACGUCCCUGUCGCGCAAACACAGUACCGUCUUGAGGUCGCCUGGUCAGCACCCAAGCAAUUGGUUCCGCCGACUGAAAAUAUGGGACGUUGGCUGUCUUCGACAGAUAUCCACAUUACCAGCUCGGUCUGGUACUGCUCAUUCAGCAUGA